AUGCCACAAACUCAAGGAGCUACGUUUCUUUAUCAAAGUUUAGUUGAUCCUACUUUAACACGUCAUGAACAAGAAAUUGACUCAGCUUUAGCGUUGGCUCAAGAACAAGCAACAACUACAGGUGCUGAAUGGGGUCGACAAGGACUUGCGACAUUACAACGUGUAGCCGUUAAUGGACUUUCAAAAGGACAACAUAUUUUAAAUGAACAAACAAAGAUCACCGAAUUAACUAAUGGAUCUUUGAAAGUUCAAGAAAGACAAAUUAAUUUAUCUUCAACAACAUCUAAUAUUAAUUCAAAAAAUGAUGAACAAACAAAAGAACAAGAAUCUUUACUUUCAUAUAUUUUUUCUAGUUAUAAUAAAUUAUCAUCAUUUUCAUCUCUAAUACCUAAUAACAAAAAUUUAAAAAACAAUUCAAUUCUUCCUGACGAAAUAAUUAAUGCAUCUCCAAGAGAACAACAAGUAUAUAUUCAAAAACAAAGAAAACAAUUAGAAAGGAUGUUAAAAAACCUUGACGACGCACAAGAAGAUAUUUAUACGAGAACGAAAAAGUGA